AUGAGCCUCCCAUCCAGAGACAGGGACCUCAGCUCGCAGAGGGACCUCACCCCUCAAAGCACUCCAGCCAGGAGCACCUCUAGAAAUUCUCGAGCGCGAACAGACGUUGACAUGUACAGCCCAACACCGAAUGGCGAAGGCCAGGCAGACAUGUUCUCCUCAGUCGAUGCUGCUGCCCAAGAGAUCAAGCGCGAAUUGAACGUACAGGGCGAGAUGGUCAGAGACAACCGCGACCGUGUCGAAGCCAUGCGGAAGCAACUCAAGAGAUUCCAGCAAAUCACGGCAGACAACGACAAGGAGAUCAAAGCUCUUCGAGCUGAGCGAUUCAAGAUGAUGAGCGAAAUGGCAGAGGUCGCACCUGAGAGUACCAUCAAGUUUGCGUCGGAGGAAGACACCAUGAGGCGCAACUUUUCCAAGUCUUCAUUUCUAGUGCCGCAUGCUGACUUUUCUCACGAAGAGCAGAAAGAGCUAGAGAGCCGGGUCCUUGAAGACGAGAGCGAGAUGGAGGAGUCUCGCACAGGGAGUGAUUCUGACAGCGAGGUUGGAAGCGUGUGUGGAAAUACGGGAAUAUCUGAAGAUUUCGAUUACGAAAUUGAUUCUAUACCGUCAAUCAAGCAGUACAGAUCUCAAAUAUGUGAGCCGAAAGCUAGAGAGCAAGACACAGAGAACAUCGCCUUAAAUAUCAGCAUCGACUAUACUUUCGGUUAUGGCAUUCGCGGUGUUAGCAAUAACCUGUUUUGGACAGCCAGCCGUCAUUUCGUAUAUUUUGUCAGCUCUUUUGGUGUGGUGCAGGAUCCAAUAUCUUUGGAGCAGCGUCACUUCAUUGGGCAUAGGCAACAGAUAAAUUGCAUCUGCCUGCAUCCCGAUGGAUGUACUGUGGCUACGGGAGAAAAGGCGCUCGAACCGAAAGUGUAUGUGUGGGACAGUAGUAGUGCAUUUCCGAACCCAAAGGCUGCACCUAUUCAAGGCUUUCACACCAAGGGUAUACGAUCUAUGUGUUUUGGGAAGGACGGCAGAUAUCUAUUCAUCGUCGGUUGCGAUGAAAACAACACCAUCAGCAUGUAUGAUUGGAGAGCAGGACAAAUCUUGUGUUCAGAAUUCGGGGGAAAAGGCUCCAUUUUGAUGGUUCGAUGCAAUCUUUUUGAUGGAGACUUUGCCACGGUUGGCCCGCGUCACAUGAGAUUAUGGAAAUUAGUAGUUUCAACCGGCAUGGAGUACAUUAGCGGGUCUACACCCAUGAGCACUUGGCAAAAGAAAUUGAAAUGGGAAAACGGUGUUUUUGGUCGUCAUGGAAGGGACAAGUCACAUACAUUGUUGUGCGUUGAUUUUGUUGGACCGGGUAUCACAGUGACUGGUUCCAAGGCCGGUGAAAUAUUUGUUUGGAAAGGAUUAGUGUUGGUUCAGAGUGUACAAGCACAUAGGGGACCAGUGUUUUCUCUAGCAGUCACCCCCAUGGAGAGCUUUUGUCUGGUCAAUAGUGGUGGAAAAGAUGGGCGUGUGGGAUCAUGGAUUUAUGAUUCGAGUUUAAGGAUUUCGGAAACAUUUGUAGAGCUUCCUAACAACUAUCAAAACACUGUUCGUGCAAUGAGUCGGCACUCGACUACAAACGAAAUUCUUGUUGGAACCGCUGCUGGGAUAAUUCUGAAGCUGAGCAUGAAUUCUGAUUUGGCAUGGAAGACUGUUGUAGAUGGGCACGGACGAGGAACCUUGAAUGCAAUUUCAGUUCACUCCAGCGGGCAAAUGUUUGUUAGCGGUGGGUCAGAUGCAGUAUUAUACUUGUGGCAAAUUCGACAUUCGGAAGCCCUUUGGAAAUGUGUGCUUGCAAAUUCAAUCUCUAGCGUUGCUUAUUCACCUGAUUGCUCCAGAAUAGCGUGUGGAAUGGAGAAAGGUGGGGGUAUUAUCGUUUCACAAACUCCUUCAAAACGUCUUUCGGUAACAAGUUACAAAUGGGCAGAAAACUUGAAGUUUCCGAUCUCAAUUAUUUCUUACUCUCCUGAUGGUGGAUUGCUUGCAUUUUCAUGCAAGAACAAAAUUGAAAUUAUCAGCUCGAAUUCCACCAGAGUGAAGCUUGGAUCUUUUGGGCACCAUCAUUCGUCAGUGAAAUCCAUUGAUUGGUCUUCGGAUGGGGAGUAUAUAGUUAGCAGUGCUGAGAAUUAUGAAUUGCUCUUUUGGUCGCGUUCAUCGUGUUCACCAGUUUUUGCAUCGAGUCUGGCUGAAUUGUACUAUCCAGACAAUCGUCCCUCAUGGAAAACCUGGACUUCUAGGCUGGGGUGGCCAGUCCUUGGAUUGAUCGCCGACAAUGAGGAUGAAAAUAAGAUUGCCUCAUUAUCCCGAGAUUCGACUGUAAAUAGAUGUGCCGUCGGAUACAUUGAUGGAAACAUUCGUUUGGUCCCUUAUCCCUGUGAGACGUCUUUCGGAUCGUGGAAAGGUCAAAAGCACAUUGGACCUGUUUCCAACGUGGUUUUCUGUACCGAGUUAGAUGAAGAAAGGGAAACUGUAAAUGCUCGAACUUCUCUGCUGUCAGCAGGUCUUUUGGAUAUCUGUUUAUGUAUGUGGAAGGUGUACAAAGCAAGUGAUGAGCUUCAUGAUGUCGAUUCUAACUUCAAGAACGUCAGAGAGCAGCACGAGGAGGUUCAUCGAUACAUUGAACUUUCUUCUCUUUAUCUGGAACAAGUCGCAAGUGAGGUAGAUCCUGUAUUACAUCAAGAGCCGGAUGAAUUUGAAUCGGUGAGGCCCUUUGCGCAAUCUAUCUACCCUCCAACAAGUUACACCUACAGUGACCUAAUUCAGCACAAGCUCCAAAGAAUUCGAAUAUGUGGGCUGACAUGUUUACAUGGAGAUUCAAUUCUUCUCGGAAAAAGGGACUCGACUGUUUUGUAUGCAGCGGAUGGUCUUUGCAUUGUGCACAAUCUUUCUCCAGACCUUGACGAUCGAAUUCCAACCCAAAAAUGCUUUUCAAGGCACAAAGGCAGCGUCAUUUCGAUGGAUCGACAUGUAGAUCAAGUUACUGUUGUGUCUUGCGACAACGGCAAAGAUUCGCCCAUUUUAAUUUGGAGCAUGGAAUCACUGAUGUUACAGAGUGAACUUACUGUUCCUGAGGGAAAGCCUUGUUUAGUCUCAUUCUCCCAAGACGAAGAAGGACAAUUUCUCGUCGUGUUGAGCGUAUCGUCCCGAGUCUUGAUCUGGGUCUGGGAUUGGAGACAAGCAGAAAUCAUCGCUAUGGAAAUUGCAGAUGAAAAUAUCCACAACAAGGUUCUUUGUGUGGCACAAAGCUCUUUUCAAAACGUUUCAGGUUUCAGUGUGUUGACUUCUGGAGUAAACCACUUGAAGUUGUGGAGAUGCUACGGGUUCUCAGAUUCUCACAAGAAGAUGAAAAUGCAAGCUUCUCAGCUCAGGACUAAGAAUGAAGACCUCCCACUCUUCCUGAGUGCAACCUUUCUGUCUCAAGACUUGUUUGCUACGGGGAGUGAGUGGGGAGAAAUCUAUCUUUGGAAGGAUGUGAGCCUGAUUAAGAAGUUCCAGUGUCACGCAGGACCCAUCUUUGCUAUUGAAAGAGAUGAUUUGUCUGCAACUGUCCUCACAGCAGGAAGAGAGAAAAGUAUCAAGUUCUGGGGCUAUGAUUUCAACCUCAAAUUUGAAAUUUCUCUUGAACAAUUUCUUGAUGGUUCGAUAAUUGAGGAUCGCAGAAACAAGUCCAAUUUCUGCAUUUAUUCAGCUAAAUGGAACUCCUUGCAUAAUCGAGUCACAUUUGUGACAUCUACGCAUGACUUGUUCCAUUUAUCAUUCCAGGAAAGUACCCUCAAGGAAAUUCAGUACGACCUUUGCUACCAUCACAAGGGGAAAAUCACGUGUAUUGCUUCUCACCCCAGAAAGCUCUUAUUCGCUUCGGCGGCUGAAGAUUACACCAUUCGAAUCUGGUCGAUGGAAAGAGACCCUCAGGACCCUCAGCUCCUGGGAAUCAUUGACCUUCCGGAAAAGCCUACGGCAAUCUGUAUGCUUGGAUCGGAACAAAGUCGUUUGAUUGUGGGGUUUGUAACUGGAAUGAUUACUAUGAUAGAAAUGGAUCAACUACAUGGACGAGCUUCUCUUGAAGACUUUAAGGUCUCAGAUACUGUGAAGAGGUCUUCCGAACGAGUUUCCUGUCUUGCAGUUUCACCAUGCGAGACGUUCCUAGCAUGUGGGAGUGCAGAUUCAUCAAUUUAUCUGUUUGAAAUCGCAAGGCGUCUGGAAUUCGUGGUGGCGCUUAAGGGCCACAUGGGUUUUGUCAGUGAGAUAGAUUGGGAUGUUCAAAGCAGAUAUUUGCAGAGCACUAGCUCUUGCGAGGAACUCAAGUUCUGGAGUUUAGAAUCACGACGGGAAGUGAAGCGCGGAAAUGAAGUUUGCGAUUUGAACUGGGCAAAGUUUACAUGUCGAUUUGGUUGGGCGGUGCAAUCUUGUAUUCCACCGGUGGACACAUCAAUCCUCAAAGUUGUCUGCCGUCAAAAUGUUGAACCAUAUAGAUACUUUUGUGCUGGGUACGAAGAUGGUUCCAUCAAAUUGUUUCCCUUCCCGUCCAGAAACAGCACUUUUUGUAAAUCGUUUCAAGCGAUAUCGAGUAAUAUUCAGCAUCUAGCAUUUUCUUUUGACGAUUCCUUGUUGGUUGUAGCGAGUGGAAACAAUCCCAUUCUAGAAUUUUUCCAUGUCGCGGAAGAUAUUCCUAUUCCUGAAACCAAUGAUGAUAUCGAAUCUAUCAUAAGGCGCUAUGACAAAUUCAGGAAGGAAUUCGUUGAUGAUGAGAGGGAUACGCCCGAUACAGGGGAAGAUGAAAAUAUAAGCGUAGUCAAGCCGUACUUUAAAGCGCUGUUUCCUCCUGACAACAUUUCCAACUUGAAAUCUGGUCAAAAUAACAUCAAGGGCAUAGAGUUGGACCAUGUCUAUGGCUAUAGAGGCCAGCUGGAGUUUACAAUGUGCUGGACUUGUCAAGCUCUGGAGUAG